CGCUCUCCGCCUCCAUUUCCCAGCGGCAGCGGGGCCGGAAGCGCCGUGCGCCUGACUCGGGCGGCGGGGGGCGGUGGCGGCGGCGGUGGCGAUGGCGCUGGAGACGCUGUCCCCGGACUGGGAGUUCGGCCGCCGCGACGACGGCUCGCAGAAAAUCCAUGCUGAAGUGGAGUUGAAGAAUUAUGGAAAAUUUCUUGAGGAGUAUGCAUCUCAGCUGAAGAGGAUUGAAGAUGCUUUGGAUGACUCUGUUGGAGAUGUCUGGGACUUCAGUCUUGAUCCCAUUGCGUUAAAGCUUCUGCCUUAUGAACAGUCUUCUCUACUGGAGCUCAUAAAGACAGAAAACAAAGUUCUAAACAAAGUAAUAACCGUGUAUGCUGCCCUUUGCUGUGAAAUAAAGAAGUUAAAAUAUGAGGCAGAAACUAAAUUUUAUAACGGCCUCUUGUUUUAUGGAGAAGGAGGCACAGAUUCCAGCAUGGUAGAAGGAGAUUGCCAAAUACAGAUGGGAAGAUUUAUUUCUUUCUUGCAGGAGCUGUCUUGCUUUGUUACCCGAUGCUAUGAAGUGGUGGUGAAUGUAGUGCAUCAGUUGGCUGUUCUUUACACCAGCAACAAGAAUGCACCUAAAAUUAUAGAGACGUCAGGAGUUCAUUUUCAGGCAAUGUAUGACCAUCUGGGAGAAUUACUGACUGUCUUAAUCACUCUAGAUGAAAUAAUUGACAAUCAUGCCACUUUGAGAGAUCACUGGACCAUGUACAAGAGGCUGCUAAAAUCUGUCCAUCACAACCCUUCCAAAUUUGGAAUUCAGGAAGAUAAACUGAAGCCAUUUGAAAAGUUGCUGUUAAAACUGGAAUGCCAAUUACUUGAUGGAAUGAUAUUUCAGGCCUGCAUAGAACAACAGUUUGAUUCCACAAAUGGUGGAGUGUCUGUGUCAAAGAAUAGCACGUUUGCUGAAGAAUUUGCUCAUACUCUUCGCACAACUUUUGCAAAUGUUGAAGCCAAACUUGGUGAACCUUCAGAAAUUGACCAGAGAGAUAGAUAUGUAGGCAUCUGUGGCCUCUUUGUACUGCAUUUUCAGAUUUUUCGGACUGUAGACAAGAAAUUUUACAAGUCAUUGCUGGAUGUUUGUAAAAAGGUACCAGCCAUCACGCUAACAGCAAAUAUUAUCUGGUUUGCUGACAACUUUCUGAUUCAGAAGAUACCAGCUGCUGCCAAACUUCUGGACAAGAAAAGUAUUCAUACAGUUAAAAUACAAAGGGAUAACUUUCUACAGCAGAAGGCACAGUCACUUACCAAAGAUAUGCAGUCAUAUUAUGUCUUCGUGAGCUCAUGGAUGACAAAAAUGGAAUCCAUCUUGUCGAAGGAGCAACGCAUGGAUAAGUUUGCUGAAGAUCUUUCUAACCGCUGUAAUGUCUUCAUUCAGGGUUUUCUUUAUGCAUACAGUCUUAGCACCAUCAUUAAAACUACAAUGAAUCUCUACAUGUCAAUGCAAAAGCCUAUGACCAAAACCUCAGUGAAAGCUCUGUGCAGGCUUGUGGAACUUCUAAAGGCAAUAGAACACAUGUUUUACCGAAGAAGUAUGGUUGUGGCAGAUUCCGUGACACACAUCGCUCAGCAUCUGCAGUAUCAGGCUCUUCACUCUAUUUCUGUAGCCAAGAAAAGAGUCAUUUCUGAUAAAAAGUACAGUGAGCAGCGCCUGGAUGUCCUUUCUGCUUUGGUGUUGGCUGAGAAUACCCUCAAUGGGCCGAGUACAAAACAGAGGCGACUAAUUGUUUCCCUUGCACUGAGUGUGGGAACACAGAUGAAAACUUUUAAAGAUGAAGAACUCCUUCCCCUUCAGUUAGUUCUGAAAAAAUUAGACUUGAUCAGUGAACUUACAGAGCGAGUUCGAGCACAAUGUGACUGUUGUUUCUUGUACUGGCAUCGAGCAGUCUUUCCAAUCUAUUUAGACGAUGUGUAUGAGAACGCAGUUGAUUCUGCUAGACUGCAUUAUAUGUUUAGUGCACUGAGGGACUGUGUACCUGCUAUGAUGCAUGCAAGGCACUUGGAAUCUUAUGAGGUGCUUCUGGAAUGCUAUGAUAAAGAAAUCAUGGAAGUGCUCAAUGAGCACUUGCUGGACAAAUUAUGUAAAGAGAUAGAAAAGGACCUGCGCUUGUCGGUUCAUACGCACCUAAAACUGGAUGACAGAAAUCCCUUCAGAGUUGGUAUGAAGGAUCUAGCUCACUUCUUCUUUCUCAACCCGAUACGUUUUUUCAAUCGAUUCAUUGACAUAAAAGCUUAUGUAACUCACUAUUUGGACAAGACCUUCUACAACUUAACAACUGUGGCUUUACAUGAUUGGGCUACCUAUAGUGAGAUGAGAAACCUAGCAACUCAGCGCUAUGGUUUAAGUAUGACUGAAGCACAUCUUCCCAGUCAGACUCUGGAACAGGGUCUGGAUGUUUUGGAAAUCAUGAGAAAUAUUCAUGUGUUUGUGUCUCGCUACCUUUACAAUCUGAAUAAUCAGAUCUUCAUUGAAAGAACUAGUAAUAACAAACACUUGAACACUAUUAAUAUCCGACACAUUGCUAAUUCAAUUAGAACUCAUGGAACAGGAAUCAUGAACACAACAGUCAACUUCACUUACCAGUUUUUGAGGAAAAAAUUUUAUAUUUUUAGCCAGUUCAUGUAUGAUGAACAUAUCAAAUCCAGACUUAUCAAGGACAUCAGAUUCUUCAGGGAAGUCAAGGAUCAAAAUGAUCACAAGUAUCCAUUUGAAAGAGCAGAUAAAUUCAACAGAGGCAUCAGAAAACUUGGAAUAACCCCAGAUGGCCAGAGCUACCUUGACCAGUUCAGACAACUCAUAAGUCAAAUCGGCAAUGCUAUGGGUUAUGUCCGAAUGAUAAGAUCUGGUGGACUUCACUGCUGUAGUAGUGCGAUUAGGUUUGUUCCUGAUCUGGAAGACAUUGUUAAUUUUGAAGAGCUGGUGAAAGAAGAAGGACUCUCAGAAGAAACACAGAAAGCAGCAAGGCAGUUGGACUCUGUCCUCAGUGACCUCACACGUAACUUUGCAGAAGGAACGGAAUACUUUAAAAUGCUUGUGGAUGUCUUUGCUCCUGAAUUCCGCAGCCCAAAGAAUAUGCACUUGCGGAACUUCUAUAUAAUUGUUCCCCCACUGACCCUCAAUUUUGUAGAGCAUUCAAUCAGUUGUAAGGAGAAGUUGAAUAAGAAGAAUAAAAGUGGAGCAGCUUUCACUGAUGAUGGCUUUGCCAUGGGUGUGGCUUACAUUCUGAAGCUUUUGGAUCAGUACCAGGAGUUUGAUUCCCUGCACUGGUUCCAGUCUGUUAGAGAGAAGUAUGUGAAGGAAAUAAGAGCAGUAGCUAAGCAACAGAAUGUGCAGUCCAGUAAUCAAGAUGAAAAACUACUACAAACUAUGAACCUUACUCACAAGCGACUGGAAGUUUGCUUACAGGAAUUUGAACUCCUUUAUUUUUCAUUAAGUAGUGCAAGAAUUUUUUUCAGAGCAGAUAAAACUGCAGCAGAAGAAAACCAGGAAAAGAAAGAAAAAGAAGAAGAAGCUGUUAAAACAAGCAAUGGAGAUCUUUCCAACUCUACGCCUGCAGAUCCUGUUGUGAAAUGAUAUGGCUGGUAUGGGUGAUAGUUACUUACUCAGAUAAUUCAUUUUCUUGUCAAAAUUAGUAACACUCUAUAGGGGUAAAAGCUCUGCAUUUGACUUACUUGGUCUGUAAAACCCAAUAGAAAAUGUGUAAUGGUAUUACUAACAUCCAAUGAGGCUAGGUCUGUUUUUGUUCAGCUUUCCUUUUAAAAACUCAUAUUUUUCAGGAGCUACUUAUCUACAGCACUUUCUCUAGAUUGAAAAUAACUACAUAAAAUAUAGCUUGGAGGUAGUUAUUUUGAAUUACAAUUGUAUAUACCAAAAAAAACCUUUACUAAUUUUUAGAUGCUUUCUUGCAUCUCUAACAUACUAUUAAAAAAAAAAAAAAAGACUCAUAGGCCAUUGAUCGAAGACUUGAACUUGUACAUCUAUCUGUUCAACAAGAAAUAGAAAAUUGAAGAUACGGUGCAAUAUCUGUUGUCCAGAUGCAGUCCUGUUGUAUUUGCUUAAUGCAGCCACAAAUUACACUGUAGAUGUAACAGUGUACGUUGUGAAGGUAUGUUAAAGCUGUUGCACAAUGUGGAAGUCCUUAUUGUUUUAUUCCACAAAACCUUAUUAUUAGUAUGGGAUUUGCACUCUGGGAGCUUAAGAUCCUGCCAAGCACUUAUUUUCCCCUAAUCUUCCCCCCCUGUAUCAGAGAAAGGGAAAACCAGAAGAGUUAAGAUAACAAACUACUUUUCAUUUCAUGCUGAAGGUCUGAUUUGCAUCCACAGAAGUAAGGAAAUCAAGAGCCAAGACAGAACCACAAUCAGCUCUUCCUUUUAUGACCAGACACUGUGUGAUGAGUGUCUGUACCUAUUAAGUGAUCUUAUACUUCAUGAAUAUGUUGUGCCUAACUGCAAGUUUCAGCCUCAAAUCUGUGUUUCUUAGCCUUUGUAGGUCUGUUGUAUUGUCUGUGUUGUUAAUACAGUCUUACAUGCCUGGUUAUUAACAAUAAUUGCACUGCAGGCUUCAGAAGCUGCUGAACACUGUGAGAACUCUGUAUAAAUUUUAACAUCUGUUAAUGCCUGCAAGUAGAGGUUUCUAGGUUGUGCAAGAGUUAACUCAGAUACCUGACUUAAGUAAAUAGCUAGACUUAGCUUAAAAGUAAACACCAGUUCCAUUAAAAGAUUCUCUUGUGUUUUAAUCUCCCAGAACAUAACAGACUUCUAGGUUUUACUAGCUAGAAGAAACUACUCUAGUCAGCCUGAGAAUUACCUUUUGGUUUUUGGCAUUCUUAACUGUAUUUGAAGACUGUACUUGAAAGCUUCUUUCAUCUCUUCUGAUUCCACCCCACCCUCUCCCCUCAAAAAAGUAAUGCUUUAAUAUAAAUGGUUCAGAUUGCUCCCCUCACCAUUGUGUCACUAACUAAGACAAUUCCUGGCAGACUUUUUGAUUCAUUCUUUCCUGCCAGUCAGUUCAGCAUUUGGAAAACUAGGACAAAUUUUUUGUUGCAACUGGAGAGAGACCAGACUGAUGGAAGUCCUUUAAUUCUUUCAUUGGUUCUGAAAAUAUGACCCAGAAGCUUUGUGGACUGUUCAAAUCAGCUGGGCUCAUUAAAGAUUUUGUUUGUUUCUUUUAACUGCAGAGACUGCCCUAAAAAAUGCUGCAUUACUUGAUUUAUUUUUGAUAGUUUUUGUCAUAAUUUAUGUAUGCUUUCUUUUCUGACCAAAUUGUGCCCGCACUGAACGCUCUCAGUAGUGUUGCUGAGAACAGCAGCAGCGGACUGGCUGUUCCUGCUGAUUUCCAUCCUGUUGCAAUUGCAGUGUACCUACUGCCAUACUCCUAUCUCAUCUGGGGGCAUGGAAGUUCCUCACUUGGAGUGGUCAGGCACUAUCUUGAUUCUGCAACAGCAGCAGACUCACGCAUAGUGUUUGUUUCCCCCCCAGGAUGGAUCUGCUAGGUAGAUACAUCCAGUCAGGGCAUUACGUGUGCUCUAAUGAAGUCUGCAUUUGUAUCUUUCCUUCUCCCACGUUUUUUGGAAAGACCAUCUCAGCUAGGUGAUACUCCACAGUUAUUAAUGUGCGUAUGAUGGUGAACAAAUUCAUGUGGUUCUGGUAAUGGAAAUUCUACAGAGAAGACAUGAGCUUAUUUUUAUAGAGUCCUGUUUGAGGUUGGGACCUGAAUGUAUACUAUAUGUGGCAAAAAUAUAUACAAACAAAUAUGUACAGUGAUAAUAGAGCUAUUCUUGCUAACACAGGAUUGUAGUUUGUUAUAUUUACACUUUUUGUCAUGUAGCAGCACAUGGAUACUGAAAGCUUUUCUCAUCUGAAAUACAAAGUUGGGUCCUGGUUUUGGAUGGCACUCCUCUGUCCCAAGUAUCUGGCAGGGGUGCAGAACUCUUGAUGUGGUGCUACUCUUUUCAUUGCUUUUGCCCUCCUGCUCUGAUUUUAGGAACAAAACGGGCUCCAACAGGUUGGCUGGAGAUGAUGAUGGAUCUAAAAUAUAUAUUUAAAAAAAUAAUCCUCCAAACUAAACUGAGCGUGUUGCUCACUCAAAAUUCCCAGAGGUGAUAAAGGGAAGUGAGGACGAUGAGUUUUGCUGCAGGGACAUAAAAUGGAUCUCUAGUUUUCUUUCUCCUUCAAGUCAGGGGCAGAACAGGCUGAAGGCCAGUCUACCUCCCUGAGAAGGCAGCUGCCACUGCUGCCCUCCUGUGCUUUGUCUUGUGAUGAGGCUGUUCUAGGUGGAGGUGGUGGCAGCUGCUCCUCCAGAGGUCUUGAAACCUGCUUCUGAUACGGUGCUGUGUCCUUUUAUGCCAGAAGCCAGGGGGCUGCCUUUCCUUUCCUCCUUGUGAUAGGAGAAGGGUAGGGGAAGCAGAGCGCAGCUGAUGCCCUUGUUGCCUUUCAGUGCCUCCCUGGGAAGUGAAGUGCUGGUGUGUGUUCAGCUUUGCUUGAAGGGUAGGUUCCAGAGGUCCUAAUUAGAAGUAAAUUUGAGUUUCCACCUGAUGUCCAUCAACAACAGCUGUCUUCAGCUUCUCAGGUACAAAGGACCAAAUGUAACAGUGUUUCCUAACUCAUUGUACAAAAGGGUAUUUUGUUACCUCAGUCUGGUUUGUGAGUAGAGUACCUUAUGUACAUACAACUGUUAAUAAAUGUAAUUUUCAGAA